AUGUUUUUGAAGGCGGGUAAAGGGAAAAAAAUAACAACAGCGAGCGUAGAUGGGCUCGGCUGUGUCGUUAUGGAGCCCCCUUUGAGCAAGAGGAACCCGACACUGAGAUUAGCGGAUUUGGCAGCGGCUCAGCCCCAUCCUCACCAGAACAUGACAGGCUUCCCGGGGCUGGGGAACCACCACGUCCACCCCCACCACGCGGCCCACCUCCACCCCGGGGACGCGGGCGGCGACCCCGGCGGCGCCCUCACGCCGCUCGGACCCGAGCACAUGGCGCAGCCCGCCGCCCUCAAGCUCACGCCCGAGGCGCUCACCGCCGCCGCCUUCGCCUCGCCCGCCGCCACCACCACCGCCGCCGCCGCCGCCGCCGCCACCGCCGCCGCCGCCGGAGCCCGCCCCGCCCGAGCCCGAGGAGGAGAUUCUGGGGCGGCGGGCCGGGACUUUCUCCUGCGGCGGGAGCUGCCCGCCGCCGCCGCCGUGCACGGGGCGCUGGGCGAGCAGCACCCGCCCGCCGGCUCCCCCCACCUUCCGCACCCGCCACCGCACGGCGUCUUCAUCUCGGCCGCCGGCACCUACGGCGCGACCGACGGGGCGCACGCCGCCUUCCCGCCGCCGCCGCCCGGCGAGCAGGGCGCGCCCGCCGGCCGCCACCCGCCGCUCAACGGGCAGAUGCGUCUGGGGCUGGCGGCCGCCGCCGGGGAGCUCUACGGGCGCUCCGAGGCGCACUACGGGGCCGCCGCCGCCGCCUCCUCCUCCUCCUCCUCCUCCUCGGCGUUGCAAGGCUACGGCUCCGUCAACCUCAACCUGGCGGCGGCGGGCCACGGGCACCCGCACCACCCCCAUCCCCACCACCACCACCAUCACCACCCCCACCACCAUGCCCACGUCGGGGCCGCGGCGGCGGCGGCGGCGGCUGGGGCCUUCCUGCGAUACAUGCGACAGCCCAUCAAGCAAGAGCUGAUCUGCAAGUGGAUCGACCGGGAGCCGCCUCCUCCACCUCCUCCGCCGCCACCGGGCGGUAGGAAGCCUUGCUCCAAAACUUUCAGCACGAUGCAGGAGCUGGUGAGCCAUGUCACCGUGGAGCACGUCGGUGGGCCCGAGCAGAGCAGCCACGUGUGCUACUGGGAGGAGUGUCCCCGUGAAGGCAAGCCCUUCAAAGCGAAAUACAAACUCAUCAACCACAUCCGAGUACACACGGGAGAGAAACCCUUCCCUUGCCCCUUCCCCGGCUGCGGGAAGGUCUUCGCUCGCUCCGAAAACCUCAAGAUCCACAAGCGGACUCAUACAGGGGAGAAGCCCUUCAAGUGCGAGUUCGACGGCUGCGAGAGGAAGUUCGCCAACAGCAGCGACCGCAAGAAGCAUUCCCACGUCCACACCUCGGACAAGCCCUACUACUGCAAGAUCCGCGGCUGCGACAAGUCCUACACGCACCCCAGCUCCCUGCGGAAGCACAUGAAGAUCCACUGCAAGUCCCCGCCGCCCUCCCCGCCGCCGGGCUCCCAGGGCUACGCGGCGGCGGGGCCCCCCGACGGCCCGCUGCCCCCCGAGGCCGAGCCGGCCGCCGAGCCGCCCCGCGGCCGCCGGGCCGCGCUCUCCCCGCCGGUCACCAACCUCAGCGAGUGGUACGUCUGCCAGGCCGGGGGGGCUCCCCGCCGGCCCCGCACCCCCUCCAGCCGCGACACCUCCCCGGCAUCCGAGGAGGAUGAGCCCCACAGGACCUCGGGAGGCAGAACUGCUCCCUAG